AUGGGGAAACAGGCUCAGCGCACCCGCUCUGUCCAGCCAGAGCCAGAGGAGGAUGAAAACGAAGCGGAGAGACCAGAGGAAGAAAAACCUAGUGCUCCACCCCCACCUGGAAAUGAAGAGGAAGCUGCAGAAAAUGGCGUGAAAACGAAGGUGGCAGAGGCCGAGGAUGACAGUGAUAGUGAUAGUGAUGAUGAUGAAGAUGAUGUUCAAGUCACCAUAGGGGAUAUUAAAACAGGAGCUCCACAGUAUGGUUAUGGAGCAGCACCCGUGAAUCUCAAUAUUAAGACAGGAGGACGAGCUUUUGGAUCUUCUGGUGCAAAAGUUAAAGGGGUGGAUCUAGAUGCACCAGGGAGUAUUAAUGGCGUGCCGCUUCUGGAAGUAGAUUUAGAUUCUUUUGAAGAUAAACCUUGGAGAAAGCCAGGGGCUGAUCUCUCUGAUUAUUUCAACUAUGGGUUCAAUGAAGACACCUGGAAAGCUUACUGUGAAAAACAAAAGAGAAUACGAAUGGGUCUUGAAAUUUUACCAGUUACCUCAACCACAAAUAAAAUUACGGCUGAAGACAAUGCUAUGGAAGUAAGACCAAGUGCAGAGAUUCUCGAUGGCAGAUACCAUCUUUUUAAGGUACAGCAGGGCAGAACUGGAAAUUUGGAGAAAGAGCUGGCAGUGCAGUCAACCAAAGCUGAUUUCACAUCUCCUCCUGCCUUAUUCAAAACAGGAAUUCCAGCAAACAGGCGAUUAGCUGGCACAAUAGAUGUGAUUGGACAGACCAUCACUAUCAGCAGGGUGGAAGGACGACGGCGUGCUAAUGAAAACAGCAACAUACAGGUUCUUUCAGAACGAUCUAAUCCUGAAGUAGACAAUUUUACCAAGCCACCUCCAUUUUUCCCUCCAGGAGCUCCACCUACCCACCUUCCACCACCUCCUUUCCUCCCACCCCCUCCAACUGUCAGUACUGCUCCACCUCUAAUUCCCCCACCAGGUAUACCAAUAACAGUGCCACCACCAGGCUUUCCACCACCACCUGGCGGUCCUCCACCUUCCCUCAUACCCACAAUAGAAAGUGGCCAUUCUUCUGGCUAUGAUGGUCGUUCUGUUCGUGCAUUUUCAUAUGGCAGUGUCACCUUUCCGCACCUUGCAGGUUCUGCUCCUUCAUGGUCUAGUCUUAUGGACACCAGCAAACAGUGGGAUUACUAUGCACGAAGAGAGAAGGAUAGGGAACGUGAGAGAGAGCGAUCCCGAGAUCGGGAUCGCGACCGGGACCGAGACAGAGAUCGAGAACGUACCAGAGACAGGGAAAGGGACCGAGAUCACAGUCCAACUCCCAGUGUGUUCAACAGUGAUGAAGAACGAUACAGAUACAGAGACUAUGCAGAAAGAGGUUAUGACCGCCAUAGAACAAGUAGAGAGAAAGAAGACCGACACAGAGACAGGAGGCACAGAGAGAAAGAAGAGACUAGACACAAGUCAUCUCGAAGUAACAGCAGACGUCGUCACGACAGUGAAGAAGGGGAUAGCCACAGAAGGCACAAACACAAAAAAUCCAAAAGAAGCAAAGAAGGAAAAGAAGCCAGCGGUGAACCUGCUCCUGAACAGGAAAACACCGAGGCUGCCCCUGUGGAAUAGGCUUGUGUGAUUUUUUUUUUUUGCCUACUUGCAUAUAUAUUAAUGCCAGAAAUAGAUUACUAUAAAUCUUGUUAUUUUUCUGGGUAUUAAGAUAAUUUGCUCUUAAUCUUGUUCUGUUAGUUUGAAAUCAAAGGUUACUUUGGUUUUUUUGAAAAUAAAAGAAUGAAUUUUUCAUGUUAAGAUUCCUGGACUGACUUUGUCUUUUAAGAAACAGUGAGAA